AUGGACUCAGCAGGCUCUGCCCGGGAAGUUGAUUUUGCCCGCAUCCAAGGUCUGGUGGACCGGAUUUCCCACACCGAUGAUGUUCGGGCCAUGACCGUGGGAAUCAAAGCCAUUGAAGCCAUCCUCGAGAGGAACCCCCACUUUGGUCAACUCAGAGGAUUUAUGGACUCACUGAACAUGAUACGCGAGGCCCGGGAGGUACUGCAAGCCCGAGAGUUAGGCAUUUUCGCCCGCACCCGGUAUUCAGUGCAGGAGCCACCACCGCUGCUGCAUCAGAUGGAGCUCUCUCUCUGCCCACCGCUCACCUGCCUCUUUCCUCGCAGCGAUGUGGUCAGAGGAGGAGUCGGAUUCGACCUCUCCGCCAUUACCGACAACCGCCACUAUCUCCGCUCCCAUUUCCAGGGGGAAGCGGCGGCAGCACAGGCAGCGAAAAGUGCCACCGCCAGAACCCAGGACCUCACCAUUGCAAACGCCCGUGGCAAGUCUAUCACCCCAGCCCCCAGACGCUCACUUGGCUGCCCAGCCCCCAGACGCUCCAUUUUCACCCCUACCAUCGCUUCAGUCAUCAGUUCGGUCUGCCACUCAGCUGCCCUUAGUGCCAUCAUCCACACUACCACCUGCUUCUCUUCCAUCACAACCAUCAUUACACUCAGCCAAUUCUGCCACUCCUCCACCCAUUACACCUCCACCACAACCGUCACUGCUGCCCGCAGCACAGCCCUUAUCCCCACUACCCAUAACUCCGUCUUCAGGGUCCCCUCUCCCUCUCAGUCUCCCGUGCGGUCACCUCCAGUUCAGUUUCCCAUGCUGCCAUCUACUCUACCACCAACUCCAUCCUCACCACCCUCACUACAGCCAUCAGUUCAGUCCCAUGUGCCAGUGCAGUCUCCAGCUCAGCUCCCUGUAGCACAGCUCUCUAUAGCACCGCCACUAGCUCAGUCGUCUACUCAACCACCAGCUCCACUUUCUCCCCAACCGUCAUUACUACCUCUAGUUCAGUUUCCUGCACAGUCACCCCUAGUUGAUUCCCCUGUGAAGUCAUCAACUCCUCUCUCACCACAACCAUCACUGCUAUCCCCUGUUCAGUCUCCUGCAGCUCGGCCUUCCCCAGUGCAGUCUCCAGUGUCUCCUGUUCAGUCUCCCCUAGCACAGUCAUCCACUUCACCACCUACUCCACUCUCACCACCACCGUUACUACAGACAUCAGUCCAGUCUCCUGUGCCAGUGCAGACGCCCUCGGUGCAGUCAUCUUCUUCACCACCAUUAGUAGCUCUGCUUCCCGUGUCUCCGGUAGCUCAGCCCGCACCUGAACCUUUAGCUCAGUCUCCUGUAGCAGCUCAGUCUUCUGGUCAGCUUAACAUUCAGCCAGGGGUCCCAGUACCCUCUGGCUCUGCAUCAGCUCCCGCUGGAGGCUCGGAUGGGUCCAUCCGGCACUCCACGGCUCCCACGCCGCCACCUGCCUUCUCCGCUGGAGGGUCCGAGGGCCCGUCCAGCCUCCUGUCUCCGCUGGAGGGUCCGAGGGGCCCGUCCAGCCAUCCUCAGCCUCCACGCCUGUGGCUGCCUCCGAGCCUUCGCCGCCCACGCCUGGUCCAGCCUCUGCUUCGGCUCCAACGUCACCUGGUCCUGUGGCUGCCACGUCCCCGUCUGGUCCAGCCUCGUCUAGUCCUACGCCCACCAAGCCUCGACCAGUACGACCAAAAAUAAUACUAGUUCACUAGUCUAUGUAUCACUUCUUAAACUACUAAGUGAACCGGACAAGAUGAUGGUAACAGAAACGCCUGCUUAAAAUGCUAUUUGGUCUUCAUGAGCUUCAUUGCAUGUGUGUUUGUGUUAGUAGGAUUAAUGCAUUUUUCUGUUUGUGUAAUUUUUGUGUACCUCUCCUCUUUGCGGUGCUCCAGACACUUUUCAAUUCUCCACGCA